UUGCAUUAUUAAAUUGAACACUUGAUUCUAUUCUGUGUUCUCUUAUACCUACCUACUUUCCUGUUUAUCGAAGCUUUCGCGACUUUUCUAUCAUCUAUCAAACGCAAUGUCACAAAAACAAUAUAAUUAUCUUCUAACAUUGUAUCAAGGCAGACCCCGCCUUCAGCUCGUCCAAUCACAAGUGCGGUGGGCGUGGCUCCCCGCGUUUAAACUUGAGCUUCGCUUUACAGCCGUCAGUUCAAACAUGACUUGUGCGUUGUUUUCAGUGUUUUAAAAAAGUUUCAAAAAGUAAUGGAAGAGAGGAAGGCGCUUCGGACGCCCAAGUGUGCGCGAUGUCGGAAUCAUGGGGUGAUCUCGUGCUUGAAGGGGCAUAAGCGGCUGUGUCGGUGGAGGGACUGCCGCUGCCCAGGGUGUCUGCUGGUGCUGGAGCGGCAGCGCGUCAUGGCCGCGCAAGUGGCUUUGCGACGGCAGCAAGGCGCAGGCGGGCCGGCGCCGCGCGGCGAGGCAGCAGCGCUUGCCGCGCGGAAACGUGCGUACCGUGCGCGGCUGCGCUGCGUGCAGCUGUCGCGCGUCAACGUUCCUCAAUAUGGUCAGUCACACACUGCACUGUCGCAGCAACAAGCCGCGGCGAGGCAGCAGCGCUUGCCACGCGGAAACGUGCGUACCGUGCGCGGCUGCGCUGCGUGCAGCUGUCGCGCGUCAACGUUCCUCAAUAUGGUCAGUCACACACUGCACUGUCGCAGCAACAAGCCGCGGCGAGGCAGCAGCGCUUGCCGCGCGGAAACGCGCCUACUGUGCGCGGCUGCAUGCAUCGUGGCUCAAUACCUAAUAUGGUCAGUAACAGACUACACUGUCGCAGUAGCAAGGCAGCAGCGCUUGUCGCGCUAGUGUAUGUGUGCUGAGUGCUACUACCGCACGUCAACGCACCUAAUAGCCUCAAUACGGUCAGUUACACACUACAUUGUCAACACCAAGGCGCGGCGUAGGUAUGCGUAUCGCGCGCGGAAAAACGGUAAUAAAUACUUCCCAGGCCCUGUCUAGGAGAUGUCAAUUAUGUCAUCAUCGUGUCUUAUCACUUAUUCCGUGAUCCACCAUUUAUUCUAUUAGACGCUGUGUCUAGCCUGCCCAAUGAGCCAGUGACAUUACUGGAAAGAUGGAUAAAUGCAGCAAAUUACCACAUGGCAUGCCGUUUGUACUACGACCAUAGGUAGGUACUAUUUGCUACUGUCACUAGGAAUGUAAUUACAAUAGGAAUCAGUGGUAGGUAGGUAAAUAAAUUUAUUAAUUACUAGUACAAACCUUAUUAGGUUUGUAAUAAUUGUACGGCAACACCCCGCCCCCGCUAUCACCACGCGUUGCACUGGCCGCACCACAUGCUGAUUCCAAAUAUCAAUAUUUCUGUUCCCUAACAAAAGUAAGAUUACCAAACUCUUUCAAAAUGCUUUCACCACCGAAAUGCGAUAGCUAAAAUAAAAUUAAAUCAACUGCACGUUAUUCCAACACCUACGAAACACAGACGAGUCUAUAUUCUUAAAUGAACUAGUAUAGGGACCGUGCGCGUUGGAGGGUCUGCCAUCUUGUGGCCUGAAUCGGAACCAUAAACAUGCACAUGUACACGUCACAUGUUUUCUUGUGCAUAGUAGGUUCUGCCAUCUUGUGGGCUACAUCGGAACAAAAAACAUCACAUUUACGCCUCGCGUCAAAAAUCUGACGGCUCCUGUGCUGCCUCCUACAGUUCAUGCACGCUCCCUAUAAAAUGCGCUCUUAGAUUACAGCUCUACAAGUCACAGUGGUUCUUCAAAGUGUUCACCUCGCUGGCGUCUUUAAGCAACAUUCAGAACGCUCGUCAGAUGGUUUAGGUAAGGUGUCGCGGGCACUCUACGAUAUGUUAUUAUAGUAAGCGAGCCGGCUCUGUCCGUGUUCAGCCAGAACGCGAAUUAGCUGAAAUAAUAUUUACCUUGGAUUCGGAGCGAGUUAAAAUAGUAUAUUUUGAAAGACUUCUCGGUAGAUAUGGUUAAGGGUGACGGGACGGUAACGGACACGGGGGACACAAAAUUCACACCCGGUUGUUAUUUUUAACACGCUAAGUUGUCCUAUUAUGGCUUAAUAUUUCAUAAUUCUAAUAUAGGAUAGAAUUUAGGCGUCACGAAGUUUUUAUAUUGUCAACGAACCAACCGUUUAAACCUGCUAAAUUAUUUGAGAUUAUGUACCUACUUGAAACUUAGGUGCACGCAGGUGAGCAAGAAAACCUCAAAAUUAUAAGGGUUGAUAGACUUAUUGUUUUAACGAAUCCUAUAAUAUGGCUUUGAUCUCAAAGUUAGAAAAGCGGCCUUAACAUCUUAUAUGUCAAUGAUACAAGUAAAAUAUACUUAUACAAGGAUAAGGAUCCUGACCUUAGUUACUAGUAAUCAUUUUUCAUUUCUUUCUGCUUUAUUUUUUAUACUACCUCGGUGGCAAACAACCAUACGGCCCGCUUGAUGGUAAGGAGUCUCCGUAGCCUAUGUACGCCUGCAACUCCAUAGGAGUCCUUCUCCCCUCGUUGAGCUCUGGCAACCUUACUCACCGACAGGAACACAACACUAUGAGAUAGGGUCUAGCGUUAUUUGGCUGCGGUUUUCUGCCCCAGUUGUGCUUCAGUUGUUGUUGUUCAUCAGUGCUUCCCCAGUUGGGCUCUGCUCUAGAUCUGGAAUGACAUCCGCUGUGCUGUUCCCUACCACACAAAGCGAGAUGACAUUCACAAUGCCCAUACCUCUCUUCUAC